CGGCGCAGCGAGAAGCGGCGGGGGACGCAGCGGCGCUCCUGGCGCCCAGCGGAAAAAUUCAAAAAUGUUUCAAAUUCCUGUGGAAAAUCUUGACAACAUCAGGAAGGUACGAAAGAAGGUGAAAGGCAUUCUUGUGGAUAUUGGGCUCGACAGCUGCAAGGAGUUGCUGAAGGACCUUAAAGGCUUUGAUCCAGGAGAGAAGUACUUUGUUAACACAUCAUGGGGAGAUAUUUCUCUCUGGGAACCUUCUGGAAAGAAAGUGAGAUAUCGAACAAAGCCGUACUGUUGUAGCCUCUGUAAAUACUCUACAAAAGUGCUUACUUCAUUCAAAAAUCAUUUACAUCGCUACCAUGAAGAUGAAAUUGAUCAAGAGCUGGUGAUCCCUUGCCCAAACUGUGUAUUUUCCUCUCAACCCAAAGUUGUGGGAAGGCACUUCAGAAUGUUUCAUGCACCUGUCCGGAAAAUCCAGAACUACACAGUGAAUAUUUUAGGUGAAACUAAGUCUUCUAGGAGCGAUGUGAUAAGUUUUACAUGUUUAAAAUGUAACUUUUCAAACACAUUGUACUACAGUAUGAAGAAGCAUGUGCUGGUAGCCCAUUUUCACUACUUAAUUAACUCCUACUUUGGCCUGCGAACUGAGGAAACAGGUGAGCAGCCGAAAGCCGACGACAUCCUUUCUACUGAGAAGAUGCCACCAUCUGACAAGUACUAUUGUAAAAAGUGCAGCGCCAACGCCAGCAGCCAGGAUGCUUUAAUGUAUCAUAUUUUGACGUCGGAUAUACACAGGGAUUUGGAAAAUAAGCUUAGAUCCGUGAUCUCAGAACAUAUUAAGAAGCCCGGACUUCUGAAGCAGAUGCACAUCGCUCCGAAGCCAGUGGCACCCUUGGCCAUGCCCCCGAACAGCGGUGCUCCGGGCAUCGCAGCCACACCCCCCUGCUUUCGUCUUGCCUUGCCGCAGAGCAGCCAGAGCCAGACCAUCGUGCAGCCAGUGCAGGGCGCAGCCCAGCCAGUGACCGUGGCCUCGGGCACUUCUGGAAGCCUCACCCAUUCUCCGCCUGCCGUUGCCCAGUCCCACGUGACCCUGGUCCCCAGUCCUCUGCCUGUGGGCCAGAGCAACCUCCCUCUGCCACCCUCGGCUCCCCAGCCUGUCUUUCUUUCCCAUGGAGUCCCGCUCAGUCAGUCAGCAAAUCCUGUGUUGCCCUUGAGUCAGCCAGUCGGACCCGUAAAUAAGUCUAUUGCAGCUGGUGUCCUCCCCAUAAACCAGACCAUCCGUCCAGGGGCUGUACCCCUCAGCCAGCCGGUCGGGCCCAUAAACAGACCCGCUGGGCCUGGAGUCCUUCCUCCAGGAGUCAGUCCGUCUGUCACUCCCGGGGUUCUCCAGGCCGUCUCGCCGGGGGUGAUUUCUGUGAGUCGGACAGUCCCACCAGGAGUCCUGCCUGCAGGCCAGAUGACCCCUGCUGGGGUCAUCCCUUCGGGACAGACAGCAACUUCUGGGGUGCUUCCUGCGGGCCAGAUGGUCCAGUCAGGGGUUCUCCCUAUUGGCCAGACGGCCCCGUCCGGGGUUCUCCCCGCUGGGCUGACGGCCCCGUCGCGGGUUCUGCCUGCGGGCCAGACGGUCCCGCUGCGGGUUCUGCCUGCGGGCCAGGUGGUGCCCCCGGGGCUCCUUUCUCCCAACCAGCCGGUCUCAUCGAGCGUUCUCCCUGUGAACCAGGCUAUGAGUUCCGGCGUUCUGCAGCUCAGUCAGCCCGUCGUGUCGGGAGUGCUCCCCGUGGGCCAGCCCGUGAGGCCCGGAGUCCUGCAGCUUAGCCAGUCUGUGAGCACCAGCGCCCUGCCUGCAAGUCAGCCACUUAGACCUGGCGCUGCUCAGAACACCACCUUCCUCACGUCAGGCUCUAUUCUCAGACAGCUGAUCCCUACAGGGAAGCAGGUGAAUGGGAUCCCCACGUACACGCUUGCGCCCGUGUCUGUCACUUUGCCUGUGCCUCCAGGCGGCGUCGCCACUGUCCCCCCGCCCCAGGUGCCCAUCCAGCUCCUGCAGUCGGGCACGGCCGCGCAGAUGGCCAGCUCCAUGGCCAGCAUGCCCUCUCCUCCAGUGGUGGUAAACGCCACGCAGAAUGUGUUUGUUCAGGCCUCUCCAUCUGUGGCAGAGGCCGGCCAGGCGCUCAAACAGGCGAAGCAGUGGAAAACCUGUCCAGUUUGCAACGAGCUCUUCCCUUCCAAAGUCUACCAGGUUCACAUGGAGGUGGCUCAUAAGCAUAGUGAAUCCAAAUCUGCUGAAAAACUGGAGCCUGAAAAGCUGGCAGCAUGUGCACCGUUUUUAAAGUGGAUGAGAGAGAAAACGGUUCGCUGUCUCUCUUGUAAGUGCUUAGUGUCGGAGGAGGAGCUUAUCCAUCACUUGCUGAUGCACGGCCUGGGGUGCCUGUUCUGUCCGUGCACUUUCCACGACAUUAAAGGCCUUUCGGAGCACAGUAGGACUAUGCACCGAGGGAAGAAGAAAUUGCCUGUGGAUUAUAGUAACAAAGGUUUUCAGUUGGAUAUCGAUGCUAAUGGCAACCUGCUCUUUCCCCACCUUGACUUCAUUACCAUAUUGCCAAAGGAGGAGCUGGGGGAGCGGGAAGUCUACUUGGCGAUACUGGCGGGGAUACACUCCAAGUCAUUGGUGCCCGUGUACAUAAAGGUGAGGCCCCAGACAGAGGGCACCUCUGGGAGCCCCAGCAAACAAGCACUCACUUGCCCCUUUUGCUUUGGCACCUUCGUGACGACUGAGGCAUACGAGCUGCAUUUGAAAGAGAGGCACCACAUCACACCAACAGUCCAUACAAUUCUGAAGUCUCCGGCCUUCAAGUGCAUCCACUGCUGUGGGGUCUACACGGGCAACAUGACCCUGGCAGCCAUUGCCAUCCACCUGCUGCGCUGCAGGAGCGCCCCAAAGGACAGCAGCUCAGACCUCCAGACACAGCCUCGUCUGAUCGAGAACAGCGAGCUGCUCUUUGUGAACGGGGAGGUGGUCCAUGACUCCAGUUUUCCUGUCAAGAGGAAGCUGCCUGAUGGCCACUUGGGGACAGAAGACCAGAGGGACGUGGAGGAGCGGCCCCUAGUCAUAAAUACCGACGGAGCCCCGGCUCCUGAGAAGGUGACAAGUGCAGUGCCUUUUAAGAGACAGAGGAAUGAAGUCAGGACCGAGGGGCCACUGGGUAGUGAAGACGCUCUUCAAAUUUUAGCAUUAAAACCCAAAAAAUACGAAGACCGUUCGUAUGAAGAAAAAAAGCAAUUUCUUAGAGAUUAUUUCCACAAGAGACCAUAUCCUAGUAAAAAGGAAAUAGAACUUCUUUCCUCGCUCUUGUGGGUAUGGAAAAUUGAUGUGGCUUCAUUUUUUGGAAAAAGAAGAUAUAUUUGCAUGAAAGCAAUAAAAAAUCACAAGCCUUCUGUACUUUUAGGCUUUGACAUGUCUGAACUUAAAAAUGUUAAACACAGGUUGAACUUUGAGUAUGAGCCACAAAACUUGUAAAAAAAAAAAAAGUUAGGAAAUCUAAAGUACUAGAUAAUUAGUUUUUUCAAUUGAGAUUUUAAAAAAAUGUUAUUUUCUUCACUGUAUGUUGAACUAAUCAAUUUCAGUGGUCUUUAUGCUGCUCUUUAGAUUUAUUUCAGGUGCUCAGAAAGACUUCUAUAUAAAAGAAGUGAAUAGUUGUUUCAGAUUUAUUGUUUCCUGCAGUUUGAUUUUGUAACAAUUAUUUUUAGUUUUUCCCUGUCAUGUAAAUUAAAUCCUUGGAUCUUUCAUGCACGUCUUGUUUCCCAGUAGUGUCAGUAUUGUAGGAUGAAAACUGAAAUCUAUAUGUGUUUUCAUUUAAGGAAAUUUCAGCUUGUUUCAGAAUGCCUGAUUAACUGCAUUGACCUCCCUCAAUUAGCUUCUUGUGUAGCAGCAAAUGACAAGCAUCAGUGCUGACAGAGGUGAGCACACACCCUGCGUGUACAGUUCCCUAAGGAUGCACUGCAUUAACUUCCGCUGUUUCUUCUUCGUUGCAAGGUACUUGCUUACUAGGUUAUGAUUUUGACUUACAUUUCUUCAAGUUUGUCCUAGCAGCUGUCUUUUAUUACAACUCAUAGAAAACCAAAUGUUUUCCUUUGUUAAAAAUAUACUGAAGCUGAAGCCUGCUAUUUAGCUCGUUAAGAGUUAUUUUCAAAUAAAGCAAUUUUGUAGGUGCAGAAACCCUUUUCAGUGUAGACUUCUUCCCUUUUUGAUAUGGUGGUAAGUCAUUUCCCCAUUCAAAAGUAAGACAAUAAAUUUUUAGUGCCUUUAGAAUAAAUGCUGAACACACACACGAAUUUGCUUCCUCACCUGACUGUUCAUGAAUCAGUGAAAGGGAAGGACCAUGUUACUCAGGAAUAACAUUUUUACCCCUGAGUGUGGAUACUAACUGGAAUGUAGGCAUAGGUUUUUAGGGGACAAAGCAAAAUGAGUAGAGCAAGAGCUGUCUCCAUGUUGGUACAUUACGUCUCUGAUGGUUUCCUAGAAGUGAACAUAUUUGUUCUGGGGAAAUGGGCUUUCUGUAGCCCAGUUGUCUGGGUUAAUGGGAUGGGGUAUUGCUGAAGAACUCCACUGUAUUACUGUCCUUUGGACAGUUGAACCUCCAGGGUUUUUUUCUGCACACAGAAUAACUAAAAGCACCAGAAUCAGCAAUGGAGACCGGCCAGUUUUGACCUUAAGUCGUAUUCCUGGCGAUACACAGCAGAGGCACCUGUCCAGCGCACUCAGAGGCCAUGACAGUCUCUGGGAAAGAAGAUAAAGUUACUCUAUGGAUUUUAAAAAACAGAAUACUUGCAUGUAAUUGCUAUAAUGUGCAUUUUUGAGGCAAUUGUGAAACUGGUCUGUGAUUGUUGGUAUACUCUGUUGUAAAUCCAAAAAGAGCUUGUUGAAGUUUAUUUUUUUUUUAACCUAUUGUUUCAGAGUGUCUAUUUUGAAUUAAAAUUUGUUAUA